CAGAAAAUCACUCGAUUUACACAAGCUUGUUCUUGAAAAGUGUUCUUUUUUAUCAGAUUUACGAAAAUAGGUAUCUAUUAUUAUUAACAUCCAACGUAAAGGAUUCUUGGAGUGUUUUAUACAAAAAACAUCAAUAUCUCGGCGUUUCGAACGCGGAUAAGCUAGACCCUGUGCAAGUUUAUGGAAGGUGUUGUGCCUGCGUAAACAUCGAAAAUCAAUCAAUACAGUGUAUUACAAUGGAUGCCAUGGACGCAAACGCAACGUAUGAUAUGACGAAGAUUUGUCGGUCCUGCCGGAAAGAUGGACAGAUUCUACAAUCUAUUUUCCAUUCGGCUGGAGAUCAGGGUGUUGCGCUGCACGAAAUGCUUUUCGAGUGUACCUCCAUUCAGAUGCACUAUAAUGACGGGAUGCCUCAGAACGUUUGUAUAGAUUGUGCCAAGGAUAUAAAUACGGCAUACAACUUGCGGAAGCGCUAUGAACAUAGCGAUCGUCUGCUGAGGGAAUACAUAUCCCGACAGGGUGUAAAAAUGGAAGAAAUUGAUAUCAAAUCAGAGCAUCUGACUUUUUACGACAUUGGUGUACCGCAGAUCAGCCAAUCACCCGAGGAAGACGCACUGCAAGGUGUUGAUGGUGAGGACGGGUAUGACGAGCAUGAGUAUGGCGAAACGGCAUUCGUUUCGGCAGAGUUGGCGGAUGAUAGUGGCGAAGAACAAACAAACGAGAUCAUUGCCAAAGAAGCGCAAGUCAAGUGUGAAUUGAUGGCUAUCGAUAUAGAUCCUACGAAGUUGUUGGAUUGUAAGAAGACUAAAAUGUGCAUGAUUUGCAAUAAGGUAUUUACCCGUACAGAUCAUCUAACGCGGCAUUUAAGAACCCAUAUGGGCGGUGCCGAGGGACUAAUAAAAUGUACUAUCUGCAAUCGUGGAUUUACUCGAAAGGAUCAUAUGAUGCGGCACAUGAAAAUACACAGCAAAGAUUUCAAUUGUGAGUUUUGUGACAGGAAAUUUUCAACACUGGAUUACAGUGAAUACAAAACACACAUGGCUACGGAGCAUCCCGGGAAGGAAUUGCUACAUGUUCGGAAAUACAAAAAGCGUAAGCCGAGUACAGACGCACCGAUUACAGCGGAGAUGAUUUUCGACAAAGGAAAAACGGAAGCCAUUUGUCGGCUUUGUGACACCACUUUUGAUCGAAUUGCUGAGCUUCGUAAUCACUUGAGAAUGCACAUUGAUCCGACAUCGUUCACCACUGUCAAUAUUCAAACGAAACCGUAUCUGUUCGAAGAGGGUCGUGUCGUGGACAAUUAUCUGGAGAAUAUAAUACAUCGUGUCUACAAUUGGGACGUAAGCCGAUUCUAUCAGAUAGUGGAACCGGACGGUGAAGAAUUAGGACUGAGUGAUUCAGAUUCGGAACAGGAGGAAGGAGAACCGGCGAUAGAAGGAAUUAUUCGAAGAGAACAUUCGUGUGAGGUGUGCCAGAAAAGUUUUACCAGGAUUAAAAUGAUAAUGGAACAUGCGGUCGAUCAGCACAAACCAGAGGAACUGUUGGCUUGUCCACACUGCACUACCGGAUUCCCGAAUAGGGCACUGCUGAUGCGUCACCUUAAGCACCAAUGCGAGAACCACGAGAAGAAAAUCUACUGCCCGUUCUGCAAUGAAAGAUUCAUGUGGCAAACUAGCAUGAAUAAGCACGCCCAGCAAAAGCACAAACCUAAGAAGCCUCUGCUGCAGCGAUCAGAUGACGAAUCGGAAGAAAAAAGUCAUAUCUGUCAAAUUUGCAACAAGAGUUUUCUCCGUCGGCAGCACCUGGAUCGCCACAUGAGCAUUCACAUUCCGGAUGAGAAGAAAUUCAAGUGCACCGAGUGCAGUAAAGCGUUCAACCGCAAGGACAAUCUGCGGACACACAUGAAAAUACACUACCGCGAUCCGGCAGACGCGAUACCGAAGCAGGACUUUUUGUGCACCCUGUGCGGGCGAGCCUUCUCCAAGUCUUCGAAUCUGACGGUGCACAUGCGAAGGCACACCGGAGAGCGGCCGUACAAGUGCGAUUUUUGCGAUAAAGGUUUUCCUCGUUCCUUGGAUUUGCAGUAUCAUCGCAGGACACAUACUGGUGAAAAGCCGUGCAUUUGUAAGGUUUGUGGAGUAGGGUUCACGAGGUCACACAAGCUCAUUGUACACAUGAGGACUCAUACCGGAGACAGACCGUACAAGUGCACUUACUGCGAUCGCGCCUUUGCCCAGUCCAACGAUCUAACGUUGCACGUUCGUCGGCAUACGGGUGAAAAACCGUACGCUUGUGGAGUGUGUGACGAACGGUUUAUCCAGGGAACCGCUCUGAGAAGCCAUCAGCAAGCUGCUGGACAUUUCGAGGAAGGCGAUUGUGGUCAGUACUCCGGCCGGACUGCGCCACGAAAAUCCAAACUAGCUCGGGGACAGUUGUAAUCUUUUACCGUAGAUUAAGUGGAAAGUGGAGUUAUUGUAGAGUAAGGUGGGCAUUACUAUCUCGAUCAGUUCAUUGGUUUUUAUUUUUAUUUUUUGUUGAACUCGAAUGCUUGUGAGUAUUUUAAGAGUUUGGCUGUCACCAGUACAAACUGUUGGAGACGACGUUGGGACAUGGUAAACCAAUCAAAUUUGUUACAUGUUUGUGUUUCUGCUUCGCCUCAUCAGAAACCGACACUAACUUUUUGUCGGAAUAGAUUAGCGCCGGCUUGACGCAAAUCCCUAAAAACUAAAACACACUUUGUGUUUCAAUCGAACGACGUCAAGCCGGCGCUAAUCUAUUCCAACAAAAAGUUAGUGUCGGUUUCUGAUGAGGCGAAGCCGAAACGCAAACAUGUAACAAGUAAGGAUUUGUGCCCUUCAAGUGCAAAGACUGGUUUUACCAAAAAAAAAUUUCGCCCUAGUGAGAAAUUUGGUGUUUACCCAAUUUUGACUAUUUCUGGAUAACGUUCGUUGGGGACAAGUUUAUAAGUUUUAUAUAUCUUGGUGAUUCUAAAAUUUGAAUCUACGCAGCGAAACUAUGAAAGGCUUACACGGUUUUAUCUUUGCUAUGUGUCGAUUUAUUCCAAGCAGUUAUUCAUUCUCGUUAUCCUGUGCCACAUCAUUUUAAUUCCUAAAGGGCUGCAAUCUCCAUCUUCACAUUUUGCUGCUCCCGAGUAAGUGGGGUAACUUUCGUAAGGUCCAAUAGCUACAAAUAAGGUACCGCGUUUCUGCGUCAGCCACCCGCUUCGGCACAGACGCUGCUUGGAGCCGCUCCUUACAUGGAGAAUAGACGCUCUUCGGUUUCCCCUUGUCAGCAUUCGACCAAAGAUCCCACCGGGGUUGAUUACCCGAUCUUAACUAAUUGUUUCGCAGGUGACUGAUCACAUGACGGGGUCUUAUGUUGCCAACCACAGACGUUUUGAUUUUCUCUUUUAAACUCAUCUUCUGAAGGGGUUACUAUUUCGCGAUUUGUCAAGUCGGUAUCGGUCUUAUAAGCCAUUUGUUGUAUGUUCAAGCAGCUGCAGCCAGGAAGGAUUCUGAGUGUGGUCAGUAGGAUCGUAGCACUAACCCUACCAUAGCAUUGCUGAAUCGAUUUCGAAAUCUGUCGAAACAGAAGGUCCCGAUCCGCCGCAACGGAUUGUAGUACCAAAGCUUUCCGUUUUAAGCGAGUCGGUAUUCUGACCCCCGAUGUUCCGGUAGUUGUCGUUUCAAAAUAAAGAAAAAGGACGAAGAUUUACUGAUACGUUUAGCAUUACAUUACCAUUGCCUAUAAUGUGCAUAGGUCGAAAAAAUGUGUUUGUGUGUAAAUUCAUUUUUGUGUGAAAGUUUUCGGUGCACUGUUCUGCUCCUUACUUAAGAAUAACACCUUUUGAAAUAAUACUCUUGUGUUGCCUUGCUUUUUCCAAUAUUUCCAGUGAGAUAAGAUUUUUAGCCUAUAAAGUUGCAAAGUAGUUUAUCCUUUCUAGUAUACAUUCAAUGCCUUGUAAGCUGCAAAAAUGCAAUUAGAACAGUAUUUAUAAUACAAACGGAUAUUGUUCCUUUCUUCGUAAAGAUAACUAUUUCAAUAUUUCCAAAAUCGGUUUUUUUUUCUUUCAGUGUAUUUACUUGACACGACCACAGUAAGUUAGCUUUACUGUGCCGAAUUUUUUGCGUUAAAGCAGUUACAAUUAGGGGAUGUAUUUUGUGAUUUGCUUACCAUAUAUUUACAAUCCAUAUAUUUUGGACGGUCAGUUUUUUUCAAUAAGCAUCGAUUCUAUAGUGUAUUUACAAAAAUUAAAAAAAAAAUAGUCCUAAUAUUAAGAUAGAAUUCCAUACGGUUUAACAAAUAAGUAAUUUAAGAUUUAUUGUAUGUAUGCCAUUUCAAACUACGCGUUAUAUUUCGAUUGAUGCAUGUUUUUGUAGAGUGAC